AAGAGCUGCUGUAUUUUUCUAUUGAAGAAUUCUUGUGUAUUCAACUUAAUCUGUUUCUUCGCUGCGCGUAAACCUAAAAUAUGAGUUUAGCUAAACUUGUACAUGCAAAGCUGAAAGCAGGAGAGUUUAAAGAUGUGAUUAAGUUAUUACGAGAUAAUAAAAACGAAGCACUGCUGCACAUGGAAAGCAUGGACAUAGUUUCUAUUUUGGUUGACAAUCUGACAGAAGAGAACCUACGAGAUGAUUUCAAAUUGUUUUCGACAUGUGAAAAUUUGUUGAAGCUCAUCGCUGAAAAAUGUGUCCCACAAGAGGUUCUGUUUGAACUAUUGCAAAGAGUGGAGCUCACGAAAAACGAUGAAAUCUUCACUAGCUUGCUGAAGGUGCUACAAGUUGUGCUACUGCGCCUAAACGAAAACAAAGCGCGUUCUCUAGAAUGGAGCAUGAACUCAAUAUUCUCGUAUAUAGAAGCAAUUGGACUUCCUGACUAUAUGACCAAUAUUGGAUCAGAAGAAGAAAAACUACUGGAAUGUGAUGAGACCAUUCGGCGGAUCCUGCAGCUGUAUAUGACAGUUAUCCUAUUUUUGGAACCGAUUGUCAAGGCUUUUCAUAAAGAGAAAAAUAAUAUUUUCGAAGUCACAGGAAUUACACGAAAAAACGUUGUCAUCAGCUUCAUUCUUCAGCUGAUGGGUAAACCAUUGGUGUACUUAAAUCUUCAUCACCCAACGUCGCGCGUAUAUGAGGAUAGUAUACUUGCCAAAGCAGGUUUUAAGACGUAUAGCCGGCAAGUUGCGGAAGAAUUGGCAUCAGCGUUAUCUAAAUUACUUGGUGAUCCCUAUCGGCUAUUGCAAUAUGGUGAAAGACGAUUGCGUUGGCCACCGAAAAAACGCCGUCAAUCGGAAGGUGUCUUCGAAGAAACAUCACUGAAUAUCUUCAUGAAUGAAGAGAAAUGCCCUCUGCUCUCCUUGGGAAUGUACCAUUAUUUGCUAAUCGGAGAAGAUCUUCUACCGCAUACUGCUCCAACUGUCUACUCGCGUCAUUAUGUCUUCGAAAUGUGCUUAUAUUAUUGUACUGAAUUAAUGGGCCAUGAUCAAACUGUUGUACAUUACAAAGGCAUCUUGUUGGCUAAACAAUUGCUGAGAAUUAUGGGUGCUGAAAAGCUGUCCUCCGAAAAUUUAGAUGUUGCAAUUCAUCAAAAGUUCUGCAAAGCCUUGUCAAAAUUGAUUGUUUACUCGUCUAUCGAAAGAAACCGUAAGGAAGGCACAUUUCUCCUUCGGGAUUAUAUCUACCAAUUUGACCCAAAAGGCAGAUAUUUGGUGAUUGCAAACCUCUUUCAGUCGAUAGAACACAGUGGACUUCACUCAUACGUUGCAACAAUUUACAAAGACCUGAUACACAAGGAACUAACUAAUGGCAUUUCCAGUGAAUGGUACGUUGGAGCACCAUUUAAGCAUUUACUGCUGAAGGAAAUCUGCGUUCUGAAUAAGGGAAUCGAAACAGACCUCGUUGAAAAUGCGGAUACUGUGAUAUCUGGCCUCAACAUCUUGAGAUUUCUUCUGAUUCGUGAUAAAAACAACCAAACGUCAAUAUGGGACUGUAUUGAAGAAAUCGAAGACAGCUUUUUGAAACCUUUGAGGAAAUCUAUCGAUUUAGCAAGAGCUCAUUUCAAGCAAGAACGAUCUGUUGUAGAGCAAGACUCUGUAGACAUCCAAAAGCCGGAUUUUGACCUUACCAUCGGGGUUCUAAAUGGAGAGCAAUUCCCUGAAUUGAGCAAGGAUAAAAAGCUGGAAAUGCUCACACAAGCAUUGAACACAUUCGAUUUGAUGGACUGCCUUCUCGCCAGAGUUGUUGAAUGCGCAGGUUCAAAACCUCAGUGUAAUUAAUGUAUAUCAGCAGGAGAAUAAAUUUUAAUAAAUAACUGGAUUCUUUUUUGCAUUUCCCUCUAUCCUCCUCUAACCACUCUUCCAGCAACUGAUCUUCGUACCUUGAUGUUGAUGCUGUUGUUUCUGAUACAGGUAAUUGUUUCAGUCGGUAAUUGGUUGAUUUAGAUGUUUAAAAUAGUUUGUUUUUUGUUCUGAAUGUGUUCAACAUGGGAAACCCGGAAUCUUCAGAGAAUUUUAUUUUACCACAAAGAAUUUUUAUCAACCAAAUGUUUAGGAAUACAACAUAUUUAAGUACCGUGACAUGCUCUAUAACCGUGAGGUUAAGAACGCUUCAUGUUUAAAUCAGUUAGCAAACAAUAAAUGUGCAGUUAUUUAUGUUUCUUUAAGCGU